GUGCGCGUUAAACAACAACAAAUAGCAUUGUUUUGCGAGAAAGCGAGAGAGGGAGCGUUCCAGAUUGCCCUAGUGUGAGUGAGUGGUAAAGAAAACGACAAGAAGUUGGCUGAUAAAGCAAACGCACACACACACACGCAAGGAAAAUAGAAAAAUCGAAAAAUAAUAAUAAUCAGCAAGCAGGAGAAGAAGAAGCAGAAGUACAAACAGCAAAGUGUAGUUGUGAUCGAAAAUCGAAAGUGUGAAGCAUUUUCUAUAAAUAGUGCAAAAUCAAAAUCAAAUUCCCAGUGCAAACAAAACGCAAUAAAGCAAUAACAAAAAAACACAAGAAAAAACAGCGAACAUAUAAAUACGAAUACAUCUGGAGCAGUCGGAUCUCACAGAGCGCGCGCUCUGCCUCAAAUAGCAGGAUCAUCUGAAGGAUCGUCUAAAAAAGGAUCACCAAGAUGUCCUCGCUGGACGCGCGCAACAACUCAGCUAUGAUGAAGCGGGCGGAGCAGCUGAAGCGGUGGGAGGAGUCGGACACCAACCGAGCCGCCCCCACCCCCCGCCACGAGCACGGACGCAGGAUCAAGUUCAGCUCCGGGUGCGUCUUCCUCGCCGCCUGCCUCUCCGGCGACAAGGACGAGGUCAUCCAGCUGCUCGACCAGGGCGCCGACAUCAACACGGCCAACGUGGACGGACUUACCGCCCUGCAUCAGGCGUGUAUAGACGACAACCUGGAUAUGGUGGAGUUUUUGGUGGAGCGAGGUGCCGACAUAAACCGACAGGAUAACGAGGGGUGGACGCCCCUCCAUGCCACUGCCUCCUGCGGGUUUGUGAGCAUAGCUCGGUAUCUUGUGGAAAAUGGCGCUGAUGUGGCCGCUGUGAACAGCGAUGGCGAUCUGGCCUUGGACCUGGCCAUCGAUGUGCAGCACAUGGCCAUGAUUGACUACAUGGAGAAGAUGGUGCAGGAGCUGAACAUAAAUGUGGAUGAGGCUCGAAAGGCUGAAGAGCAGGCGAUGCUGAACGAUGCCAAAAAGUGGCUGAGGAGCGAUGCCGCCGAGGUGGACAGACCGCAUCCGAAAACAGGAGCCACGGCACUGCACGUAGCCGCCGCAAAGGGUUACACGAAAGUGUUGGGACUGCUUUUAGCCGGACGUGGCAAUGUGGAUCGUCAGGAUAACGAUGGCUGGACGCCACUGCACGCGGCAUCGCAUUGGGGUCAGCGGGAAACGGCCGAGAUGCUCGUGGAGUCACUGGCUGACAUGGACAUACGCAACUACGCCGGUCAGUCCUGCAUUGAUGUGGCCGAUCGCAAAAUAGUCAAAUUCCUGGAAGAACUGCGGGCCAACAAGCGCAACAAGCGGCGACCAUCUAGUCAAAUCAGCAGAAUCUCAGAUACGAUUGAAAAUCAUGUGGACAAGACGCCAACCAAACUGGUGCGCGUUGAAGUGAGAACUGAUGCCACAAAGGAUGCUGAGAACGUCAAGCCCAAUCAGCAGAUCCAUGCAGCCGAUCAUCCAGUCGAGGAGGAGGCGCCCUGGCGACGCAAGCUGCCACGCACACCCAACGACAGUCCCACUAAUAAUCAAGUUCCUGAUAGAGAGCUUAGCAGCAAUAGCUCGGAAACCGCCAACGACGUCAUUUUGCGACGCACGCAAAGCUUUGAGAAUGAUCAAAAAUUCUAUCAAAAGUACAAUGAGCUGCGGGCACGCAUAAAGGCCAAUUCCUGUCCCAUACUGCCGGCGAAUGCGAAUGCUAAUGCCGCUGCUGCCAAUAAUUCCAAUAACAAUAAUAAUCUAAGUAGCAAUAACAAUCAUAAUAACAACAAUAACAAUAAUAAAAGCGAUCUGCUAUUGGGAUAUGCUGCUGGCACAACAAAAACAAUGACAACAAGCACCUCCACAACAACAACAACAACAACCAGUACAUUCAACCACUCGAACACCAACAACACAAGCACACCACAACAACAACUACAACAACCAGCAGCAGCAUCGGCAACAAAUCAAUUAUAUAGCGUACAAAGAUCGGCCUCACUCAAAGAUAACUCAAUGUAUUACAGGAAACCGACCGUUACGAUUGCCACGCCCACCAGUACUGCAGCCACGGCAAACACGGCGCUCAGUUCACCAUCGACAACUGUACAGACCCCACCAAUUCGCAGCCAAGUUACAGCGAAAAUAGCAGAAAAGAGCAAUAACGGCAGCUCCUCCACGGCCAGUGUCAGCGAUGCGGAGAGCUCCAAGCCACCGCCCAAACAAUCCACCAGCAAUAUGAUCAAAAACUUCUUCAAAUCCUUUGUGCCUCCGGUACGCGAUGAGGAGAGUGAAACGCAGCGAAAGGCACAUGCCAAGCGCGUGAGGGAGACUCGCCGGUCAACCCAGGGCGUUACCCUGGACGAGAUCAAGAGUGCCGAGGAGUUGGUCAAGAAGAAGAACAUGGGAAUGGCCAACAACAACAAUAAUAACAAUAUCAGCACCACCACUACGAACACCAUCAGCAACAGCGGCAACGAUACAAGCUCAGCAUCAUCGGCCACAGCCCCAACAUCAUUGAUCCUCGGCAGCAAUGAACAGCGGGACGAGUCGCAACCGCCGCCACCGCCCACCACACCACCGCCAGCCAUAAUACCCACCACAACGACGGCCACCGAUGAGACGGAGAUCGAGGAGGUGGUGACCACCGCCAAUCCUCCACUUGGUCAAAGUCUGAACGACACCACUGCUAGUUUUACACUAUCCACUCCGGUGCGAAGAUCCAUUUCGGGCGAGGGCGAUGCCAACAGUGAUCCGGAGGGGGAUCAUGAUCAGUCGGUGGUCAGUGCCAGCUAUACGAUAAUGCCCCGGCGGGAUAAACUUCCCGACAGCCCAGAGAAGGUGGAGAGCAUUAAAACUCCACAAAAGACUGACCCAGUUGCCAAAAGUUCCAGCGAAGAGAAGGUCGAAGAGCCACCGCAUGUUAGACCCACGGAUCUUCCACUGAUCCCAGCUCCUGCUGCCAGCACAGAAGCUAUCAAAUCAUCCUCGGCGGCCACCACACCCGCUGCCCUCGAGAGUCCAGUGCGCUUGCGGGACAAGCGGGGUCUGUGCAGCAGUCAGGAGUCGGAAACCAAGUCCGAUACCGCCUCGCCCGUGUCCUCGCAUCCGGAUUUCAAUGCCCGCGACUCGCUGCUAAGUCUAUACGCCCGACGCACAACGGACAGCAGCGCGGGAGGAGGAGGAGGAGGAGGGGGUGGUAGUGCAGGUGGUGCGAGUGGUGCUGCUUCUACUUCUUCAACUUCGGCAGCAGAACGGCGUCCAUCUUGGCGCCUGAAAUUCGAUGCCGGCUCCAAGUUCAAGCUGGAGGACAUAACCAGCGGUGGCACAUAUCCGCCAAACAACAGCACCAUUAUACCCAGUGCUCCGGCAGUGAUGGCCGCAGUUAAUCUGUCCACCACAACUGGUGUCCAGCGGCGCAUCAGCAGCGGUCCCAAUGCACUAAAUGCUUCCAAUCAGUCGCUCAACUCUGUGGGUCGUCCUGUUUCCGCGCCCAGUGAGGGCACAAACAACAGCGCCUAUGUAACGCCAUCAGCGCGCAAAUACGAAACGAAUGCAACAUCUGCGGGGGCGAAUGCAGUAGCGGCCACGACUAUUAACUCAACCUCAAAUUCAGUGUCUGCAACCAGUGCCAAUCAUGCCGCGGCUACGGCAACUAAUGCCACGUCAAACCAUGACGAUAAGGAUAACGACAAGGAGAACGAUAAUCGCACACAGACCGUCAUACAGAGGCGACGCAAGCCGAAGCGCAGAUCAACAGGCGUGGUGCACAUCGAUAUGGAUGAACUGGAUCCCGAGCGACAAAGCGAGUCCAACAACGACAACGAGGAGAAGGAAAAGGAGAGUGGCAGUGAGCGAACAUCUCGCUCCCGGUUGGGCAGUACCACGAGUACGGCCACCACAAGUGAGUCGAAGAGCUCCAGCAGUAACGACAAGGCGGAGAAUGGCGAUGGCAUUGACUACAAGGCGCUCUGGGAAGCGGCCAAAUUGGAGAAUGAUAAGCUGAAGCAGAUGCUCAAGCAAAAGGACGAUGAAGCCGUGCAGACACGUGCAACGCUCGAGAGAUUCGCCAAUGCCACAACGAAAAAUUCACUAUCUGAACUUGAGAAACGCGAAAGAAGAGCUAUGGAACGCAAGCUUUCCGAGUUGGAAGAAGAGCUCAAGCAACUUGAUGCCUACAAGUCGGAUAAUCAUCGCCUGAAGGAGGAGAAUGCCGCGUUGAUUAGAGUAAUUAGCAAAUUAAGUAAAUGAAAUUAUGUUUUACUUUCAGUGUAUGUAUGUCUGAGAACCUAUAUCAUCGAGAAGCAACAAUUUUACUUUAUUUACCAGCUCGAAAAAGGCUGAAAAAAAGAAGAGAAUGUUAAAGCAAAAUGCGAUGUAAGCGAAAGCGGGAUAUUCGCGUGAAAAUUUCAAAAUUUGUUUAUUAUUUGUGUUAGGCCUUUAAGAAUUAGGUGAAACCAUGUUUCAAAUAUCGUUGAGAAUUGUUUCGUUCGUUUUUAUCUAAAAAAAAAUCUAAUGUAUUUGGUCAAAUUUUAUAUACGAAAUAGAGCAAAUUAUAAAUAAACUUACACAAAUCAAGCUUAACUAUAUUUACAUAAACAUACGCGAAGUGUAUAACGAUCAGAAGAUCGCAAGAAAUGUAAUGAAAAACAAAAACCUUUACAUACAAACUGAGAACAUAUUCAUCAAAUGAGCCCUAGUUACAUUACAGAUUAGUUUAACUACAUGAUACAUAAUAUAUAUAUAUUUUUUCAUAUAUAAAUUAUAUAUACACAUUACAUAAUAUAUAUUUAAAGCAACAGAAUCAUAAGUUCAACAUUUCAAUGUGUAAUAUCAUCAAGGAACCAGACCGACCGCCAGUUGAGAGAGUCCGGAGAUGUGUCGAAACCAGCCCACGCGUCAACUUACUAAGUGUAAUCAUUAUCAUCCAAUUGUAAUUGUGUUUAGUGCUGCAGAUAUAUAGGCAUCGGUGGGGCCAUCAAAAGCUAUAGUAUGUGCACCCAUAAACUAAGGAGACUUCGUUGCUAAAGCUCCAUGGCGCUAAUCUAUAGAUCAAGAUGUGCUUUACACCAGAUGCACUAAUUAUUCUAUUAUUUGAGUACCUUAAUUUAAGCAGACACUUUUAGUUUUCUCCUUCACUUCGAAACGUAUUAUAUACAUUUACAUCGUACUAUAUUUUACUUUCGCUUAUAACGAAACAAAUGAUCAUACGCAUAUUUCUGUUAUUUAUUAAAUUCGCCUAAGAGAUUUUGUGUUACUCGUAAAUGGAAACGAUAAUCAAGCAUAAACAAACAUAAAAACGUGAAUUGUGUAAUAUGUAAAAUUGUGUGAGAAAAUAUUUAAGAAAAUUUGAUUCAAAUACGAAACUUAAUAAAUGUGAUCGCAAGCAAA